AUGAAGAAAACUCCAAAUUUUGGUUAUAAACAUUUGGAAGCAUUUUUGGGUCCUUUAGAAGGCGAAAAUAUUUUAGAAUGGGAAAAGUACGAUUCUGUGGCUUUAGCGUCAAAAUAUCAAGGACCGAAAGUUGAAAUACUUUUUGACCAGGGUUCAAAAGAUCCAUUUUUACAAGAUUUAUUACCAAAUAAUUUAAUUUCUGUUUCCAAUCCGAAUAUUGUUUGGAAUUAUAAUUUGCGUGAAAAUUAUGACCACGGAUAUUAUUUUAUCUCAACAUUUAUUGAAGAACAUUUUUCUUUCCAUACUAAAAAUUUUGGGGACAAAAAAUAG